GGUGCUUUUGCAAGAUUUGCUCUUUGCAGCACAAUAACGGAAGAAAGAGUCAGUAAGAGAAACAAAAAUCUUAUGAGAACUUUAGUUUUGUCUUUUGAUUAUUUUUAAACCUUCCCAGACGGUGACCACGACGGUUGAUGACCUGCCUGUGUUAUGUUCAAUUGGUGGUCUCAGUUUUCAUUUUUUAUGAACACAUUAACCUUUAUCUUUUAGCUAUAUCUUGUAACUUCAAAGAUCAAAUGGACAUUGACGACUUCGAUAGGCAUUAUUGGCACCAUUCAAUGCCUAUCUCUUAUUGUUUUCAUCACUGGUUUCGCUAGAAAACGCUUCGUUUCUAAAAUGUUUUUGAAUUAAAAUAUUUAAUUAGGGGUAAAUCCCUUUUUCCGCUUUCAUUUCGGUUCAAGUUUGGUCAUAAAUUGUGAAACGCGUCCGGACAAACUCCACUUACUCAGUGCAAUCCAAGCUGUACGAGGGAGAGCGAUGUUUACAGUGUCAAAACCAUGUGAAGCUCAGGAAAAGGCAGAAAUUCGGACCAACACCAAGAAUGCGUCCAGCAGUGAUGGUCAGCGGCCAUUAUGUAAUAAAUCAAAAUGGGCCCCUUCCUCCACAGCCCAUUUUGAUCGAACACUGCUGUUUGAUGGUAAAGGGAAACGCAUGGGAUAUCUCUAUUAAAUGCCGGCCACAUUCCAAUCAACGCAAGAAAAAUGAAAACUGGAUAAAUAUCAAUGAAGUAUAUCCUGAUGCCAAAGUGGAGAGAAAACGUAACGACAUCCAGCUAACCUUGCCUUUGCUGAGAGAAAAUCUUGAAGUGGCAGCCUUUGGAGUUCCAGGAAAAGAUGACCAGAAGCGAAUGCAAAUGGCGAUCUUUGGAAAGGAGCCAACUAAAGGCUGCGACUGGAAGAUUAGGAUUUAUCUGAUAGAUGACUCCGAAAUGGCGUUCAAGAUUUGUAAGAAAGGAGAAGAUUCAGGAAUCAAAUUGUUGACAACACUGUCCAGCUUGUUUGUAUCCAACAGUAAACAAGAUAUCAGCAUAGAGUUUAUCGACUUGGAUCCGGGGUGGCAAAUCGUUGGGGAGAAAUUGAACACGAUAGCGUCAGGAGAUGCCUGGAAUUCUCAAGAAAAUGCGACAGGUUUUCCUUGCUGUGAUUUUGUUGUGAGACACGUUGAUAUGACAAAGCAGCAGUUCUUCUGUACAAUAAGGGCAAAACACGAAGACGACAGCGCUAGUAACGAGGUCGUGGCCUUUUUCCAACAGAGCAGUGGUACCAAGAUCAUCAACUUAACUGGAAAAAAACUCAAGAACACUUUUCAGAUGAAAUGCUCGAAAGAAUGCAAUGCUGCUGGAUGACGUCUCUGAAACGGAUUGUCGGUAUUCAACUUCAGUACCAAGCCUUGCAGCUUUGCAUAGGCGUUAUGAUUUUCACCGUCCACUAUAGACACGCUAAGGCUAAUCAGGAAUCUCUAAAAAUAACAAGAAAAGCCACCAAUCGAAUGGCAACAGGGACGGAUCUAAAUAGUGUUAAAUUAAUCUUUACUUAGUCAGAAACAUAACUAAAAAGAGUAGAAUGUAGCAAGUCAAAUUGAUAUGUAGUGGCUGACUAUUUUUGCCACUUUUAUGCACCAAGCUAAAUGCCACUUCUCAAUCGGUCAGCACUUUAAGCAGUCAAUUAAAAUCAAAUAUGUCCGGCCGUUGGAAAUUUUCUUGUCUGA